GGGCGGAGCCGCGGCGUUUGGCGCGAAAUUUUCUCUCCACCUUCUUUCCAUUCCUUGCUAGCAUCCCGUUUCCGUUCAAGCGUGCGGCCCCUUGCCAGCAAGAGGAGUCCAGCUGGUUCAGCUAUUCAAAAUACGUACUUACAUCUAGGACCUGUGUGCUGCAAAGAAUAAUACCCCUAACAACUGUCAAAGCUAUACAGGAGUCAUGGCAUGCUGCCCCACAAGGCUGAAGACCAGACAGACUUAUUCAGGGGUUGGCAACCCAUUGUUGGAUGGAAAACCACAGUACCAAACCUACAAAGAAAUGAACAUGACAUCAGAAGGCUGUUCUACUGAGAGUCACAUCCAAGUUGGACAGUUCGUAUUGGUUAAAGGAGAUGAUGAUGAAAAUCCAUAUGUUGCUAAAUUGAUUGAGCUGUUUGAAGAUGAUUCUGAACCUCAUUUCAAGAAACGUGCUCGAGUACAGUGGUUUAUCCGAUUCUGUGAAAUCCCUGUCGGUAGACGACAUUUGCUGGGUCGGAAACCCGAUGCACAGGAGAUAUUCUGGUAUGAUUACCCUGCCUGUGACAGCAACAUUGAUGCUGAGACCAUCAUUGGCUCAGUGCAGGUCGUGGCUUUAGCCCCAGAUGAACUGUUACCUAAGAAUAUGAAAAAUGAGAAGACGUUCUUUGUGAAACUCUCUUGGAAUAAGAAGAACUUUAGACCAUUAUCCCCAGAACUACUUGCAGACUUGGAUAAGCUACAGGAAGGCAGUCCCAGAUGCUGGAAGCCCAUGGAAGCUAAGAUAAACAGCGUAGAAAGCCCUUCUUGGACCGCAGCAGAGUGUGUGGUCAAAAGCAUUGAAUCGAGGCACUCCACUUCCAAAUCUCACCAAACUCGUACCCAUCCCGUUACUCCAAGGGCAAGGAAGAGGCUAGAGCUUGGCAGUUUCCCUAUGCCACCUAACACCAGGAUUUCCCAGCAGAAGUCCCAGGCCUCUUUGGAUUCUCCCGGAAGAACUAAACGGAAAGUGGCCUCAGAGAUCACCUCACCUUCUAAGAGGUCUCAGCUUGAUGGACUGCAGGCCUCCUCUCCAGCUCUGAAAGCCCCAGAGAAAACUGGGGAGAUUCGACGCUCUUAUGCUGAGGAGGACAAGAAGGCUUCACAUGAGUGUCGCAGGACCCUGAGAACCCGAGUUCCAGCUUUGAAAACCACAGAAAUCAGUGAGAAAAUAACACUUGAGCCUUUCAGCGGGGGAAGGAGGUCCUCGGUGGUGCCUUCUGUGGUUCUGAAGCCAGAAAAGAUCAAAAAGAGGGAGGCAAAACAACCAGAAGCUCAGGAUGAAGCUACUUCUAUUCCCCAUCGGAUCCGCAGAAAGAGUUCUCUCUUGACUUUGAAUCGGAUUAGGCAGCAACUUCGGUUUUUAGGUAAUAGUAAAAAUGACAAAGAAGAGGAAGAGUUUCUGCCGGCAGCAGAGAUUUCAGACUCUGAUAGUGAGAAGGAAGAGGCCUCGACACCACCCCUUCCAAGGAGAACACCCAGGAACCUACACUCUUCCAUGAAGUCGUCUUUAAAGACCCCCUCCAAGACACCAAAGAAAACCCCCAAGUCUAGAAGGCCACAUUCUGCCACUCCCCAGAUCCGCAGCCGAAGCCUGGCUGCCCAGGAGCCAGCCAGCAUGCUAGAGGAGGCCCGCCUGAGUCUGCAUGUUUCUGCUGUUCCUGACUCACUUCCCUGUCGGGAAAAAGAAUUUCAAGAUAUCUACAACUUUGUGGAAAGCAAACUCCUUGACCAUACUGGAGGGUGCAUGUAUAUCUCUGGGGUGCCUGGGACAGGGAAGACUGCCACUGUGCACGAGGUGAUACACUGCCUGCAGCAGGCAGCCCAAGCAAAGGAUGUUCCUCCCUUUCAGUACAUUGAAGUCAAUGGCAUGAAGCUGACAGAGCCCCACCAAGUCUAUGUGCAAAUCUUGCAGAAGAUGACAGGCCAAAAGGCAACAGCUAACCAUGCAGUAGAACUGCUGGCAAAGCGAUUUUGCACCCGAGGAACCUCUCAGGAAACCACUGUGCUGCUUGUGGACGAGCUUGACCUUCUGUGGACUCAGAAACAAGACGUAAUGUACAAUCUCUUUGACUGGCCCACUCACAAGGAGGCCCGGCUUGUGGUCCUGACCAUUGCCAACACCAUGGACCUGCCAGAGCGCAUCAUGAUGAACCGGGUGUCCAGCCGACUGGGUCUCACCAGGAUGUGCUUCCAGCCAUACACUUACAGGCAACUGCAGCAGAUCCUCGUGUCCCGACUCAGACAUUUAAAGGCCUUUGAGGAUGAUGCCAUCCAGCUGGUAGCCAGGAAGGUAGCAGCCCUCUCUGGAGAUGCAAGGCGCUGCCUGGACAUCUGUAGGCGUGCCACGGAGAUCUGCGAGUUCUCCUGCCGGAAGCCUGACUCCCCUGGCCUGGUCACUGUAGCCCACUUACUGGAAGCGGUGGAGGAGAUGUUUUCAUCGUCAUACGUUACUGCCAUCAAAAAUUCCUCGGUUAUGGAACAGAGCUUCCUGAGAGCCCUCCUUGCAGAAUUCCAUCGAUCAGGACUGGAGGAAGCAACAUUUCAACAGGUGUACAGGCAACAUGUGGAGCUGUGCAGGAUGGAGGGGCUGCCGUACCCCACCAUGUCAGAGACCAUGGCGGUGUGCUCUCAGCUGGGCUCCUGCCGCCUCCUCCUUGUGGAGUCCAGCAGGAAUGACCUGCUCCUUCGUGUGCGACUCAAUGUGAGCCAGGGCGAUGUGCUGUAUGCCCUGAAAGAAGAGUGAAGGGCUUCAAAGGAAGGACUGGGAGCUGCUGUUUUUAAAGAGCCUGAUUUUCUUUUUCUAAGCACAUGGAAUUGUAGGAAAGUAUACUGAAGGGAAAUGGCUACUGUGUAAUUUGUAAUUUUCUAUUAACGACUUUUCUUUUCCCACAGUGUUUGGGAAAUGUAUAGUCAUUACAAACAUCAGAUUAUAAAACCAUACCAUCCUUCCUACAAUAGGCCCUCCUUCUGACUUUUAUUUCUGUUAGAAGCACUGCCACUUAUUUAGCGGUGACAUACCAUACACAAGGGGGGACCCUAAACAAACCUGGAUUUAUCUUCUGAAGGGCAGGCCUCCCCCACUGAGUGAGUGUAUCAAUGUACCAAUGUCCCCCCUUCUGUAUCAGUGUACCAGCUGGCAUGAGAAGCUGCCUUCAACUUCAGUGAAUUUUUUUUGAAGACUCUUUUAGUGUGUUUGCCCGUUUCAUGGUGGGUGAUUUACAAGUGCACCUGCCUGCGCUGUGCUGAAUGUUCAGCAGUUUUGACCAAAAAUUGCACAAUCCCUGUGCCCCACCCUCCCUGUUCACUGGAUCUUGUCCUGAGCAACUUUAUUUUGGUUCUCCGGAUGAAAAAAGUCCUCAAAGGGAAACAUUUUGCCCAUGUGGAAGGAGUGAAACAAAAAAAUGUCAGAAGCACCAAAAGGCAUCAAAAUUAAGAAGUUCAAAAACUGUUUUGAUCAGUGGAAAAAAACAUUUACAUAGGUGUGUUGCAUUAAAUGGAGAGUACUUGGAAGGUAACUGAAGUUUAAACGUGUAAGAAUAAAUACACAAUUUUUUAUAAGUAAAUUCCAAGGGGUUUUUUGGUCUCCCCUCACAUAUAAAUAUCUGCAUACAAUUACUUUUAUUGAUACAGUUUUGGGAGAAUAUAUAAAAAAUUGGUUUAUUGGUUGCCUCUGGGAAAGAAAUGGAUGGCUAUGAGCAGGGGUUAAGGGAAGACUUUCACUGUAUGUCCUUAUGUGUUUUUUAAGUUUUGAACAACAUGAGUGACAACAAACUUAGUAUAUGAGAAAGAAAUGCUGGAAAUAAUACUAGUGAUAAGGAAUCUCCAGCAACAAAGAGCUAGAAAAUGUAAAUUUUAAGGAGUACUGUUUAUCCUAAAAACAAAUCUUUAAAUGAAAGAGACUUAGACGGCACAGGAAAUAUAAGGUACCUAGGAAUAAAGCUAAUAAAAAGGUAAUUAAUCUCUAAAUAAAAAUCAAUUCCAAUCAAAAUCUUGGCAGGGUUUUUGUAUAACUUUGCAAGUUAA